GUAUCCCCUGGGCGACUGAUAUGACCCCAACAUUAAUGGAAGUAUAUACAAAUAAUGACAGGCUAAAAGUACUGAUUGAUUGUGUGAUUGUGUAUUUAAAUAGCCAAUGAAAGUGGCGCCUAUUGUAAUAGGCUGGUUACGUGGAGUGAGUGUUAGUAUAUAUGUGUAGAGAGGUGGAUCGUGGGUAGGCCAUUCAGUUGUGUUGACUUUGUAUAGACAGUUGCAUAUAUGUGUAUUUCAGGUCUAAGCUGGUGUGAUAAGACUAGGCCACACAGGUACGGACGAUCGAGGUUUUGACGGGUACAGGUAAUCACAGUGAUAAAGUAUCGAACUCCUUGAUCUUUAACCGCGACCUUCAUAUCUCGGUGAUAAAGUCACCGCCAGUAUUUAGGUGGAGGAAAUCCCAUUAUGACCUCAGACAGUUCAGAGACUGGGAGACCGAAGGUACGCAGUGCUGAAAGCAAACCAACCCAACCUCCUAUACAUAAAUACAUCUCCCCAGCUGAGUUUAAAAUGAGGGUGCUCCGGAAACUCACAUCUGUCGACAACAAUAACACAGACAACAAAUCGCUGACCAAGUUUCAGCGUCAGGACAGCGACAGAACCCUAAAAGCGUCUAUUGUGUUUCCGAAUGGAGAUGUAGGUACACUUAUAUCAUACGAAAAGAUGGAUAGUACAAAACCGGUGCCUUCCGAACGCGAGUUACCAGCCAUGGAUACUGAACAACAAGAAGUGACAUCCCGAAAACAAGAGCGGCCAUUGAGGCUCCCUCCCAUAAUGUUGCCGCCGAUAUAUUCCACAAAACCUCUCCCGUUGUUAUCUCGUGACUUUAGCUUGCCAGUUGAUCCUCCUGCUCCUUUAUCGGACGAUGAUUGGGAGGAGCUGCAGGAAUGUCGUUACCUUCGCCUCUACUCUCCCCGGAAGUACCGUUCUAAUUCCAUACCAGCUUAAAGUUAUCAUUAGAACAAUAACUGACUUAACCUCCAAAGUUGAAAAUGUUUCAGGAUUUCCAGAAACGGGUGCAACGGUCAAUCUAGCUACCAUUAUUUUGGCCAUGUUUUUGGAGGCUUGUAUGAAAAUGAUCCUCUUUUGUUGCCAAUGGGACGACAAAACCUUAUUUUGUGACCAGGAGGAUUAUGACAAUGACUCGGGUUACUGAACAGUCGACAGAGACGAAUUUGUUAUCCUGACUGAAUCAGGAAGUGAAUGAAAACUGAGUUCUGGAUGGUGCUAGGUGAUUGCUGUUUUGUGUGAUUUUAUUGAAAAACUGACUUUAUGGAAAACCGAAUUUUAUUGAAAAACUGAUUUUAUGGAAAACUGAAUUUAUUGAAAACUGAUUUCAAUUGGUCUGCUUGUCGCACAUGUGUAAACAUUGGCAAAUCCUACCGAUACGCACUUACGACUUUAUAUCAUAAGAUUUCUUUUGGUAGUUAACAACGAAAUGCAUGCUUGAACUGUCCAGAAGACUUUUGAAGAGAUCUUUUCUUCAAUUUAUAACCUGCUUGGUUUGAAAGUAAUUGAACUUACUUUAAAUACUAGCGCCUUUGUGGCGUAUGAUUGUCUUUCAAGAAAGUGUAUGUGAGUAUUUAUUUAAACCACUAAAUCAAAUCAAAAGUAGACCCCUGUCAAUAGGAGAUCUACGGUCCCCUAAGAGUAAGAGAAAGUGCUUCGAAAUCCAAUGUUGUCCAUAAUAUCAAAGUAUUAUUCCAUUAUUGACAGAGAAUUGUAAAGAUCGUGAUACAGAAUAUGGAACAUUCGAAUGAAGAGUUUGCUCAAUUACCUUGCAAAUCAGUACCGAAUAUUGUCUUCCAAAUGGAUUUCAGUUUAGAUAAAAUACCAUAUAUUCUUAUAUUUGAGAAUAUGUUUGUUUGAAUAUAAUGCAUGAUACAAAUAUAUCAGAAUGAGAGUCGGUUAAUAUCGUGUAUGAUUGUGUACUAAGAGUGUAUAACGUGUCAAUAGCUGUCACUCAAAUCACUGAAUAUAUAUUAUAUACAGAGCAUUAUUUAGUCCCCAAGGGACUUCAAUCACAUUAUUUAUUUACUUAUCAUUAUAUCAACUCCUUUAAAGUCUGGAAUCGACGAGUUUAGUUUGUGCAGUAGUAAAUGAUACAUGUUUGGACAUCUUAUGUCAUUAUGUGAUUAAGCUGAAUGAAGAUCAAAUAAAAUGUACAUAAAAUUCAGUGUUAUAAACACCAUGAGUAGGCAAAUUUCAAAACCUAAUCAACAUAUCAUAUAUUCAGCAAAAUAGAUCAAUUUUGAUUUUGAGGAAAUGCAACAUGGAAAAAAUAUUUUGACAUUUAAUUUCAUAAACUGUACUUAAUCAUAUUGAACAUUUGUGGUAUGUGUAUAAUCAUUGUACACUCCGUCCAUUUUGUUUACUUAAUACGCCUGCAGCGCUGUGAUAGCUGUUUGUGUAUACUCGUGUGCCGUUAUGGAAUGUCACCAUGGCGGUACACUAAGUUAUUGUUGAUAUAUAUGAAAUAAUAAAACGGUAAAUCAAA